AGCAAGACGCCGAUACUGGUUGGCAAGUGAACCUAUGAGUAAAAUAAACCGCUGGUUGUAAAUGGUAACAUUUCAGAGAAUCUUGGAUUGUUGAAUAAGAUUAUACAUUAGAAUUAGAUUAGGGUUUUUCAGUAUAUUCUCUCUGCUUUCAAAAUGCAUACAUUUUUAACUCUCCACCCUUACAAUCCCUUCCACUUUCUUCUAAAUUCUUCAUCUAAAUGCCCUUUUCAUUCUUCGUUUUCGAAGCGAAUCACCUUCACUGUGCUUUCUACUCAUUCAAAUCCUAAUAUUAUCAAAACCAACGGAAGAUCAACCUAUGAUAAACCCCUCUUACCGUACGAGUAUGAUGCAGAACUGUACGAAGAAGAAGAAGAAGAAGAAGAAGAAGAAGAAGAAGAAGAAGACGACGAUGAUGAUUUGUUCUCUGAUGAUGAAUUUGCCGAGUCUGCUGAUUUUGAUGCUAAAGACAAGAAAUCGAAAUCUAAGACACUUGCAGGUAGACAUCAGGAAAAUGAAUGGGGUGUGAAAUCUCUUAACAAUGGACAAAGUAGUAAAUUGUCCAAAAGUCGGAGAAUAGCAUCCUUACAACAAAAUAACAGUAGAAAGUUUGGUAGAAAUUCAAUGGUGGAAAGAUAUCCAGAGCUGUCUGAAAAGAUUGAUUUGCAUGUGAAAUGGUUACCACUUCUUGAUUACUUAAGCACGUUUGGAAUUAACGAAUCGCAGUUGGUCCAAAUUUAUGCGAAGCACAAGUCAUCGUUUCAAGUGAAUGUAUGUUCUGCACAGGAAAGGUUAGAUUACUUAAUGAGUCUUGGAGUUAAACAUAAGGAUAUAAGAAGAAUCCUCUUGCGGCAACCACAGGUUAUCAGUUACACUGUGGAGAACAAUUUGAAGACACAUGUAGCUUUCUUAAUGAGCUUGGGCGUACCUAGUUCCAAAAUAGGGAAAAUUAUUGCUGUUACUCCGUCCCUUUUAUCUUACAGUGUUGAGAAAUCAUUAAAACCAACGGUGAGAUAUUUAAUUGAGGAAGUUGGUAUCAAUGAAAAAAAUUUGGGUAAAGUCAUUCAACUGAGCCCUCAGAUUCUAGUCCAGAGUAUUGACAUUUCGUGGAAUAUUCGACUUAUUUUCUUUACCAAAGAGUUGGGUGCGUCAAAAGAGAGCAUUGUGAAGAUGGUGACGAAACACCCCCAGCUUCUCAAUUACAGCAUUGAUGACGGAUUGCUUCCAAGAAUAAAUUUCCUAAGGAGCAUAGGAAUGAAAAACGGCGACAUCUUGAAAAUCUUGACUAGCCUUACGCAGGUGCUAUCGCUCUCCUUGGAGGCUAAUCUAAAGCCGAAGUAUUUGUAUUUAGUUAAUGAACUUCACAAUGAGGCACAAUCUUUGACCAAAUACCCUAUGUACCUAAGCUUGUCUUUAGAACAGAGAAUUCGCCCUCGCCACAGGUUCUUAGUUUCACUAAAGAAAGCUCCCAAAGGGCCAUUUCCUCUAGGAUCUCUAAUUCCAACUGAUGAAAGCUUUUGUCAAAAAUGGGCUGGAACUACUCUUGAUAAAUAUAUGGCAUUUCGCCAGAGAUCGUCGCUCAAUAAUCUAGCUGAGAAAUAUAACAGAAAAAAGUGAAAAUAUCAGAAUCAAGUUUUUCUCGAUAAUUAAUUCAUGAGUACUAAGAGAUUAUCGGCAAUCUCUUAUAAUUUACUACCGCCGCUCAACUUGUUCAAUCAUUGAAGUUUACUAAGUAAGCCAUGGGCACAUAAUUUCCUGACACACAUAUCAGUGUCUUAUUCUCAGCAGAAGCUGAUCAACUUCUUUUUGCGAAAUUUACCCUUGCUGUUUAUGUUGGCUUGAAAGAACAUGUCACGGUGUCGUCUACCACCAUCAGGUUGUGGUCAACAUGUAGAUUGAAGAAUAAAACUGUAAAAACUUAAAACCCAACUUGUGGAUUCUCUCAUUUUCUUUUACCUUCACUCAUGCAUAUGUUCUAAUAUAUAUAGAUACAUUCUUUCUUUCUUUUUGGUGUUUUCAUUGUUGUGUAUCUCAAAUCAACAGGACCAUUUUUUUGUUAGCGUUGGUACCUAUGUAGCACUGACACCUCUGAAAGAAGGCGUGUCUGUGUCCGUGUCUGUGUUGGACACCUGUACCGAAAUUUGUGAUUAGGUUUAAUUUACUUAUAUUUUCAAAUUAUUAUUGAUGUCGCUGUGUUAGUGUCGGAGUCGUGUUCGGGGUGUCCGAGUUUCAUAGGUGGUUAAAAUCAACAUUAUUUAUCCUGAGGCAAUCUACAUGUAUCAAAUGUAUGAUUUGGAACCGAGCAUGACUUGGAAGUAAAUUCCAACUUGCGUACAACUUGCUUUCUUUUUUCGACAUAUUAUAUACAUUGAGGACAACA